AUGACGUCACUUUUGGGUACUUUCCAUUAUAAGUUAGUUAUACUGUUUGGGUUUACAGUAUGUAUUUUCUUUGCCACCUUUGUUGUGGGUCUCAUUGGAAAUGGGCUUGUCAUAUUUCUGACUGGCUGCAGAAUGAAGACAACCGUCAACUCCAUUUGGUUUCUCAACUUGGCGAUUGCAGACUUAAUUUCCUUGUUAUCCUCUUUAAUCCUAGCAUUUCUCUUAGUUAACCAGUGGUACAGUCUCUUAAUGAUUUGCAUUUUCAUAAUAACAGUAAAUCUAAAUCAGUUUGCUAGUAUUUAUUUUCUAGUAGUUAUUAGUCUGGACCGAUGCCUGUGCACAUGGAUGGCUGUUUGGGCUCAAAAUAAACAAACUUUACUUAAAGCCAGGAUCAUCUGCAUGCUUGUGUGGGUUUCAUCCAUCGGCUUCUGCAUUCCUUUCUUUGGAGUCACUAUCUUUACUUUUACGUCUCUUAUCACAUUUGCAUUUAUAGUGGGCUUCCUCAUCCCCUUUCUGAUCAUUGUAACAUCAUAUAUAGCUAUUGGAGUACAAAUCAAACGCUUCAAAAGGGGAAAGCAGCUCAGGUUGUACCGGCUAAUUAUAACCGUAAUCCGCUUUUUCAUAUGUUGGUUUCCAUGCUAUGUUUGUAGUAUUUAUUUAAUAACCACAGAAGAAAAUAACUGGAGUGCCAGUGAUCAAGUUGUAUUCAAGACAGUGAUAAUGAUAAUUUAUCUCAACAGCUGUCUGAACCCCUUUCUCUAUGUGUUCAUGUGUGAUGAGUAUAAAAAGAAGCUCAAACAGUCUCUGCUGCUGGUGCUGGAGACGGCUUUUCAUGAGGAUCAUCUGGACUUUAAGGCAGAUGCAAAAGGACGAGCAGGACAUGAAAACCAAACUUGAAUGGACCAGCAUCAUUAUAUAAUUAUCACCAUUGCAACAACCUGGAUCUAAUAGUAACUUGUCAACAAUGUGUAUGAUCAUUUUCAUGACUCUAUGCAAAAGCUCAUUUUGUUAUGAUGAUUUCUGUUCAAACUUUAUUCUGAAUAAAACCA